UAGGCUAAGAAAGGGGGCGGGUAGCAGUGCUCCUUGAUCCGUCUGGAUUCCUCUCCCCCUUUUGGUGGAAUUUACAGCGGAACAAGCUGGAUGGCCACCGAGGACGUUGAUUGGCUUGAUCUUCCUGGCAGAUGGACAUAUGGAGUUUGCAGCGAUGGGAGAAUCUUCUUUGUCAAUGAUGAGACAAAAUCUACCUGCUGGACACACCCAAGUAGCGGCUGUUCCAUCCAAAGUGGGCACUUCACCUGGUCAGAGAUGCCUAAGGGCUGGGAGAUGGACACCACCCCACAGGGGGCUAUCUUUUUUAUCAAGAUCACCACAGGUCAGCUGCGACUUGACGGCACUUCCUACCACCACCACCACAAUUUUUAGGAGCUUCCACUUUCCCC